CUUCGCUGCCGUAAGCACGCGUCCCAGCGGCGGUCACGGCACUACACACGAAAAUAAACAAAUACAUACGUAAUAUAAACAACUGAGCAAACUUUUUAUAUAGUAUGCAAUGUGAAUUGGGUAUCUUCUACGAGUUGUCGCAGUGGGUUAAAGAUGAAGGCGUGGACAGCCCACGAACAAGACACAACCCUCUCUUGCUGUCGGACGCUGCAUGUCAAACACGCAGCAUAUGCAAGUGCCCUCUAUACACUGAAUAUAUCAAUAUUGGUGGUGCUGUUGUAUAGUUGGAGGAUUGGCGUCAAUGCAAAGAGGUAUAAGGAGCUGGACGAUGUUUAUUAUGGUGUACAGAUAGCGUAUUUUGCAAUAAUAGGAACACAGAUGUUCAUGAUUGUGCUAAGCAUAUUUCUAUUUUAUGGGAUUUAUAAAGAAAAUAUCGCUUUCCUAGUACCGUGGGUAGUCGGCUGUAUGACAUUCAUGGCGCUCGAAGCUAUGGCCAUGGUGUACUCCAACAUACUUAGAGAUCACGUUAACAAGCAAUUCGACGCCAUGUGUAAGGCGGAAAUAUCUUUUUUAAUACCGAGGAUAUUUUUGAAUUGUUUAUGUAUAUGGUGCGUACUAAGGCUGUAUCACCUACUCCGCGCCGGAGUUACGUGGAAAGGUGCUGCCGCCAUCGAACUGUGACUACUACCGCCGGCCCAACUCCCGCCCUCUGAGUCUCGAAAGCGAGACUCGCUUUCCCGACAGUCGGUACCUUGCGAGUCCACGCUUCUGCUUGGAGGCGCGGAGAGCGACACUGACGCGAGUCUACACUCGCUCUGACGACGCGUCGCUCUUUUUACAAGAACACUGCUGUGACAGGCUUGACACUGACGCGAGUUUAAACUCGUAAUAACAAUGCGUCGCUCUUUUUAAAAGAACGCUGCUGUGACAGGGUUGACACGGACGUGAGUUUAGACUCGUAAUAACGAUGCGUCCUUCAUUUUACAAUAGCGCUGUUGUGACGCGGUUAAUACAGACGCGAGUUUACACUUAUUCUAACCAUACGUCGCUUUUUUUAAAAGAAUACUGUUGUAACAGGGUUGACACGGACGUGAGUUUAGACUCGUAAUAACGACGCAUCGUUCAUUUUACAAUAGCGCUGUUGUGACGCUGUUAACACAGACGCGAGUUUAUACUUAUUUUAACGAUACGUCACUCUUUUUAAAAGAACACUAUUGUGACAGGGUUGACACGGGUGUGAGUUUAGACUCGUAAUAACGAUGCAUCGUUCAUUUUACAAUAGCGCUGUUGUGGCGCGGUUAACACAGACGCGAGUUUACAUUUAUUGUAACGAUACGUCGCUGUUUUUAAAGAAUACUGCUGUGACAGGAUGGACACGGCCGUGAGUUUAGAGUCGUAAUAACGAUGCGUCGCCUCAUUUUACAAUGGAGCUGUUGUGACGUGGUUAACACUGAUGCAAGUCUACACUCAUUCUGAAGACGCGUCGCUCUUUACAAGUACACUGCUGUGACAGACUUGUGACUAUUACAUUUAUUACAUAUUUUGAAUCAAAUUCAGAUUGGAACUCGUGGCGGAACUCUGUUCUUUUUAAAUUCAGAAAGGCAUUUUACAAAAGAUUUGCCUGUGAUUAAACUUUCUUACUUCCCAUUACUCAACGCUCAUGCCUUGUCAGUUCCUGUUUCUAGCGAUUAUGUGGUUUUCCAUUCAAUUUGACGAAUUUCUCAGGAAUGAUGUUUCGUUCUAAUUGAAAUUCGUGUGUUUAUAUUUGUGUCUUUUGAUGGUUUUAUUAUUUAUGUUUUUACUUGUUAGAUAAUAUUUAAUUGUCUAUACAAGUUUUAACAUUAAUAAUUCUUAUAAUAUAAUUAUUAAACCUUCUUUAAUGUAGUGUAAUACAAUAUUUUUAGCUUGCAGAAUAUAAUUUAAACUUACUACAACAAGACUUACUAUUACUAUUUGUUUAGAUUAUUAUAUAUAUUUUUAAUACGUGAUAAAAUAAAAAUUUUAAAUACAGAUAUAACAUAUAUUGUGGAUUCGGUAUCUUCCAUCAUAGUCAUAAUGUUAGUUAAAAAUAAUUUAUUAAUACAAAUAACAUUUUUUAUCACUGAAUGCAAAUUUUUUAAUUGAACUAAGUAUGUGUGUUUAUAUAUUCCACUACAUUUAUUAUAUUAUUAAUAAUAUGGUUUUAAAAUACCAUCACGACUUGUAUCCAUAUUAUGUCUCAUACGUGAUUUGUUACGAAGUUGUGAAGUUUUACAAAAUAUGUUGUUUUAUUAAUUUUACACAAGCCGCAUUCAAAACUUUGCAAAGUCCCUGUCAUAAUAUUUUUUCUGUUUAUUAAAUGCUGAACUGACAGUCUCUGUAGCCUUAGCAAAUAUUGUAUUCUGAAUGAAAUUCCUGAGGAGUAAGUGCUCGGAAUAUCAGAGAUGAGACCGCAAAACCGAGGCGAAAUACGGGCAUUUCUAACGCCUGGCUUACACCACAGAGCCAGCUGUGUACGUUUAAUACAAAUUCCUUUGCGCCUAAAGUAGUUGUAAAAUAAUAAGUUUAUUUUAUAACAUAACAUUAACCUUUACAGAAAUGACAUGUGUUUUUUUUUAUUUUGCUAAGUCUCUGAUUAUGCACAAUAAAAGAAACAUGGGUAAUAUAGACAUAACAUUGUUUCACAAAAACAGUCAUUUGCUUUAAUCAUGAUGAAAAUAAUAAGAAACAAACACGGGAGUAAAUCCUUCGAUUGCAUAAAGAAUUCUUAAAAUUAUUAAAAUAAAAUAAAGGAGAAUUAAGAAGCUAUUUCUUUUCAAAAGCACUUAUAAAAUUAUGAUUUCAUAGAACAAUAUUCAAUUGGCCAUAAAAUAUAGCCUUUAUUUAUUAUUAGGCAAAAUUUUAUUUGUACAAAUUUUUCAUUACAUGAACUUACUUGUAACUGCUGGAAAUUGAAUCGAUACAUAUUAUGGUAUAUCACAUUAUUACAAUACGUAUUAAGUGUCUAUCCACUUUUCAAUAAUAAAUUAUGUUGUUUUCAAUAAUGUCAACAAUAGCUAGUAAAUGUGAUAUACAUAUACAGUAACGUUGAAAAUUAAAAAUGUAUAUACUACAUACUAAAUUAUAUAAUGAACUUGAUUUAAUUAUAAUUAUAAAAAAUAUACUACUAAUCAUCAUAAAUGCUAUAUUCGUAUGGCGAGAGAAUACAUAUGUAUAAACGCUGAAUUCAAAAGUCCUUUUUUGACAUUAUACUUGUUUACUUUCAAGGUAUCUGUAAAUAUUAUUCAUGUAAUUUGUCAGAAUGUUGUGUGAACAAAUUGUAUAUAUAUUGUUAGAUGUAUAUUUAUAUUAUAAGCUUGUUGUAAUGCUUGUAAAUAUUUAGAAACGUUGAAAUUGGGCGUUAAAUGCUCAAGUGACAAAAUAUAUAUUUCCUGUGAAAAUAGAUAUAAAAAGAGUAUAUUAUAUGUUACAAUGGAAUUCCAAUACUGUAAUAGAUAUACGUCUAAUAAACUGAAUGUUGACAUCUAA